AUGUCGACCGCGCAGGACGUCGCUCCGCACGAUGUCCAAGUGCAGCGGACCACGACCAGUGCGUCGUGGGCGGGUCCCGUGCAUACAGUUUUCACGCCGGGCCAAAAGAGAUUCAUCGUCUUCAUGGCGGCGUGGGCAGGGUUCUUUUCUCCGGUGUCUGGCAAUAUCUACUUGCCCGCUCUGAACCCCCUCGCUACAGACCUGAAAGUGUCCGACACGCUGAUUAACUUGACUUUGACGUCCUAUAUGAUUUUCCAAGGGCUCGCCCCUGCAUUUUUCGGCGAUUUCGCGGAUGCUGCUGGUCGGCGUCCUGCAUACAUUGUCUGUUUCGUCAUCUACAUAUUGGCGAACAUUGGUCUAGCCUUGCAAAACGACUAUGCCGCUCUUUUCGUGCUUAGGUGCUUUCAGAGCACAGGAAGCAGCGCCACCAUUGCCAUGUGCAGUGCCGUUGUGGCGGACAUCGCCACCGCCGCCGAACGCGGCAAGUAUAUGGGUUUCACUCUGGCCGGGUCUCUUCUGGGUCCAGCCAUAGGUCCUGUCAUCGGUGGUCUAUUGGCCGACUUUCUCGGAUGGAGAGCUAUAUUUUGGUUUCUGGUUAUCUUAGGCGCGGCGUUCCUGGUUGUCUUUGCCAUCUUCUUUCCUGAAACAGCCCGCAGUCUUGUCGGCAACGGGUCCAUACCGCCCAAGGGUUGGAACAUGUCCCUGAUGAAUUACCUCGCUGUUCGAAAGACACGCAACCUCGCAUCCGAAGCCGAACUAUCUGCGAUCCAGGCCCAAGCUGACGCUCUGCCAUCGCGGAAGUUCCGCUUUCCGAACCCUCUACGGUCCAUGUAUCUGAUCCUCGAUAAAGAAAACGCUCUUCUUCUGUUCUACAACGGCUUUCUGUUCGCGGCCUUUUACGCCAUAACUGCUGCGAUGCCUUCCCAAUUAAAACAGAUCUACGGUUACAACCAGCUACAGAUCGGUCUCUGCUUUAUUCCUUUCGGAGUGGGGUCUAUGUGUGCAGCCCUGACGAAUGGACAGCUACUAGACCGUAACUUUGCGCGCUGGUGUAAGAAGCUGGGAGUGAAGAUUAAGAGGGGGAGAGACCAAAAUCUACGAGAUUUUCCGAUCGAAAAGGCCCGGCUACAAGUUGCUAUCCCCGCUGCCUACUUCGCCGCGGCCAUGGUUUGUAUCUUUGGCUGGAUCCUCGACGUCAAUGGCCCACUGGCGCCGUUACUCGUGGUACUAUUCUUAGCAAGCAUGUCCAUGUCCCUCGCUUUCAAUGUCACCAGUACCGUCCUGGUGGACUUUUAUCCGCAUGCUCCGGCGACCGCGACGGCGGCUAACAAUGUGGUCCGAUGCUGUCUCGGCGCCGGGUGGACGGCGGCUGUGAUACCGAUGAUCGAAGCCAUGGGUCGAGGUUGGACCUUUACAUUCUUGACGUUGUUCCUUGUCGCGACGUCUCCGAUGCUCUGGCUGGUUUAUUUCCGGGGUAUGAAGUGGAGGACGGAGCGUCAUGAGAGAGAGGACCUGGCGAAGAAAAUCAAGGAGGAGAAAUUGAACCGACAGAAUUCAGCUGAGCAUGGCAUUUCCGAAGAGUUCAGCGGUGGUGCCAGUAACAACGAGAAGCAACCGCCUGUCCAAGGAACCGUGGGUGUGGGUGUUGGUGUAAUUGAGAAAGAGAGGGACGGUCCGAGGGAGAGGGAAGGGCCGGGCGCAGACACAAACACGAACACGAAUACGAACACAAAUGCAGACGCCGAGCAGACACGGGCGGGGCGGCAAGAGUGA